CUUUUUAGCCGCAUUAAGAAUAAUACUCAAAAUACUAGCUUCGCUCGAAGAUUUUCUCUCCAUUAUCACACUCGUAAUCUCCUUCUGGUCACUCAUUUUCUAUUUUUGUUUACACAAAAAUACAGAAUAACUUCUAAAAAUAUGCUCAAAGCUUCAACAUAACCUCGAAAUAAAUAUAUGACGUCCUGAAUCAAGAAAAUCGAUCAGCCUACUUGACUAAACAAAUAGAUUUUCAUUCCUGCAUCCACUAUUUAUUUCAUAAAAAUGAUGUCACGCUCGGAAUUAACCUCAAUAAAAGUAAGCCCGUUGACUAAUCAAAACAACAAACGCCAGUUUUCCUUGAAUUGAUAGUAGAUAGUAGUAGUGGGAGAUUCAAUUUCACCUGCGAUCGUCAGUUGUUUAGCUGUCAAAUCCGGUCAUAUUUUAUUUUCGACUAAAUUCGACACAACUCGGCUAUACGGAUUACAGGAUACGCCCAUGAUACGCCUGCAUCGAGUGUAAUGUUGGUUGCAUAAGAGUGGUAACUGUGCCACUUGACUCACUUGACUGAGAACGAAAACCCAAUAAGAACUAUGGUAACAGAAACUUCAUUAUUGAUAAAACUUUCAACUUGCUAUUUCUGCUACUAAUUUGAAGUGUCACCCAUAAUAUUAUAUUCAGAGAUUGAAGGAAAGUCCUGAAUUCUAUUUCCAAAAUGAGUAUAAGAUGUCCAGAUUUGCCGUUCUUGCCAGGAUUUACAUUCAAUCCAAAUAUCGGCAAGACGAAAUUCAACAUGAAUCCAAAAUUCGACUUUAUCGGAAAAGGCAAUAGAGCUCUAGUCGAGAGAGUGAAGCCAAAUAUGUUGGGCCCCCUGUCCGAUAAAUAUCCAUCGAUUUACCCCAGAGGAGAGACUACAGAAAUCCCAGGAUGGAUCGCAUUUGAUAAACAGAUGUUAUGUUUUGAUGGAUUCUUUCAAGAAACACUGCAUGAAUUCAAAGGAUCCCCAUUUCAGAUAAGGAAGGUGAAAAUUUAUCUUUUUUUGGAAGACGGAACUAUACAAGUUAUAGAACCUAGAGUGGAAAACAGUGGAGUAGCACAAGGGACUCUCAUUGCCCGCCAGAGAAUCCGUUUCCCCCCGCCCAUGGACGCCAACUUCUACGACAUCAUCGACUUCAACGUCGGCAGAGAAGUCGAGCUUUACGGCCGCGUGUUCAAGAUCACCGGUUGCGACAAGUUCACCCGGCACUUUUUGAAUAGGUGCGGUAUCGCGGUGCCCGAUCCUAUCGCCGCCCCUGCCGACCCCUACAUGGACAUCAGGGCGCACCAGAGGGACUCGCUGCAGCCCAAGAAGCCCAACAGAACCAGCGAUACGCUGGGGAAGUUCUUGGCCAAUGAUAAAAAGAUUCUCCACUUUCAAGGGUACUGGGACGACCAGAACACCGAAUACGGGUACGUCCACCAUUUGCAGUUCCGGUACUACCUAGCAGACGACACCAUAGAAAUCAAAGAACUCCAAGAGGAGUCUGGGGGAGAGCCUGCCUUCAUUUUCCUGAAGCGUGGCAAACUCCCCAAAGUUUACAAAGAACUCCCUACUCCCGGGCACAAUUCAGACUAUACGGUCCUGAACGUGCUUGGCUCGUCGCUUUCUAGCAGACGGUACAUCAUAGACCCAUUGGAUUGCGGAAGACAAAACAUCGACUUCUACACGGAAAGGGAUCUCAGCAUAGCUGCUGUGAUCAAUUGCUAUGGCAGAAAAAUAGUCUUGACAGACUGCGAUUCGUUCACCAAGGCCUACUACGCGGAGAAAUACGGGAUCAGCGAAUUCACCAGCCUUCACAUUCCCGACAGGAAGAAAGAGGUGAAGGAGAUUCCCCUGCCCAAAGACAGGGAUCUGCCGCCUUGGAACGGAUACGGGACCCAUGAGGAUUCUGCGCAAAACUGCAUAACGGUGGAGCCCAAAGCGCCACAGAAGGAUUUCAAGAAGUUUUUGCUCUACGACAGGUAUGGACUAGACAGUCAUGUCUUAAGAUUUGAGGCUAGAAUGAAGUCGAAAAUACCAGAAAAUUGUACAAGAGUUUUCAUCAUCAGCUAUUUUUUAUCCGAUGACACUAUGGCUGUUUUCGAAAUUGCCAGGAAAAAUUCAGGAUUCAAAACUUCAACUUUCUUCGCAAGGAGCAAAAUCAAGCUACCGGGGCAGAAAGUGUUUACUAGUAAGCCGCCCCUGUGUUUCACCCCCCAACAUAUGUUCGUUGGUGCAACACUGAUAAUUAACGAAUUCGAAUUCGUCCUAUUGGACGCUGAUGAAUAUGCCUUGAGAUAUAUGGAGUUGAAUGCUGGUCAGUUCCCUAAGGCAAAUAUCAAACUAAUCAUGGAUAAAGUGAGAGAAAAGCUGACACCAAUUUACAAAGAUUUCGUCGCUGAAAAUAUUCCUCAUGAAACUCCUGUUAUCUCGUAUGAAAGAUUAAGGAGCAAGUUGUGCAAAAUAAUGGGGACGGACUUCACAGAACAUGAAAUGGUUACGAUUUCGAGGGCCUUUUCGGCAGUCUGUUACAAGGAGCGAUAUGACAGAGACAAAAUAAGAGCUUUGGCCUUGACAGAACUCAAGAGAUACCUGUGGGACGAUCUGGAUCGUCUCAAAGAGUACCUCUUGCAAAGAGACGGUGACAGAUCAGGAAAAUUGAGUCGCAAAGAGUGCUAUACUGUCUUGAAGGGCUGCAGAUUACCUUUUGAUAAUCAAUUGAUCGAAAGAAUACUGCAAGUGGUUAAGAAUGAUGGGCAAUGCAAUUUGUAUUAUGAUGAUUUGAUACAGUUUCUUGAUAGAAAAGUGUGUCCUAUGCCAGACGUACCACCAGUGAACAUUAAGAAUGAUUUGUGGUGGGGAUCAGAGCAAGAGCCGCAAGCAGGGAUCCUCAUAGACUGGUGCGAAUUCAACAAAUAUCUAGACCUUGAGUCGACCUUCAAGGACGCAAUCGGAGAAAAUUCCGUGAAAGCUUUAGAACAAAAACAGCCGCAUUCCUAAUAUUGUAUAUUCUUUGGAAUAAAUAGAAAUGAACUCGUGUUCUAGCAGUCUUCUUUCGGCUCACAAGCUUUGUGCGGAUCAGAAGGAAGGUUUCCUUCUAGGUCUCCCUUUUUCUUCUUCUUGAAAUUAGCCACAAGGAGUCUGAGAUCUGCUAUGGCUUUGCCCGGAGCCAGUCUCUAAAAAUACAAAAAUAUACCUCAACGACACAUUUUGGAACUUGCCAAUAAGUUUACUUUGGGACAACACUUGGUGCAGUUGUUGAUCUGGUGGCAUCUGUAAAGGUUGUAAUAGUUCGUCAACUUCGACAAUCUCAGCUUGGUGCCCUCAUCUCUGGUAUCUUUGAUCCAUCUGUAGGCGUUCAAUAAGGCUGCUGGUCCCAAGAAGUCGUUGGGAGCCUUCGUAUGGCCAUGCCACCAAUAUUCCGGACAGGAAGUUGAACAGCAUGCGCAGAGAAUACACUCUACGUAGCCUAU